AUGGACCUUAUCUGCGGAACUGUCCUUGUGGUCGGUGUCACCGACCCAGCCAUCCAAAUGGCGCGCCUUCGUGCACGAGACGCCCACCUCACCGCCGAAGACGCAGAGAACCGUGUCCGUAGCCAGGGAGAUGUACGCACGAAGGCUGCGCAAGCCGAGUUCCGUGGUACAGCAGCAGCGCGGGGCGUGGUGGUUUGGAAUGAUGCUGAUAAAGCCGAGCUGGAGCGUGCGAUCAAGGGCGCGAUGAAGGAUUGGGAGAAGAAAAAGAGGGAAGAGAAGGCUCGUUUAUAA